UGUAGCGACUAUUUUUUUAGCCUCAUAUGUGGCUUAAGUAGGCGACAGUUACAAUCCAGCUUGUCCACGACCGCACCUAAACGGAAGGGCCCCUUUUAUAAAUUAACUUUAUUUAAUCAAGUUAAUUCAGUUACGAAAGCGCUCAUCGCAGUUCGGUGCUUCAGGUAAAAAUUUAAUGGCAGACCCUGUCAUAGAUGAACAAUUACUUGAAGACUUGGACGGUGGCCUAAGUAAAUUUAUCGCAGGUGGCGUCAUCGACGAUAAACCAAAUUUUGAUCUAAAUUUAGAGACAUUGUCGAAGUGCUGUAGAGAUCAGAAAUGUGUGGACGAACUUAUUUUGAAGGAAAGCGAUUUUCUGUACUCUUUGGUAGGCUUUCUUCGUGCCGGAGUUGAGUCUUCUGCUUCUGAUAUCAGCUAUUCAACUAAUCAAGUUCUAGAUUCUGUCACCAAAGUAUACCGAAACAGUUCUCACACUUGCAAAGCUGACCUUAGAGAGUUUACGAAAGAAAGUGGUGUCAGUGAAGUCGUGGAGAAGAUGCUUGUCUCAAAACAGAGUGUUCGACUCUGUGUCGAACUGAUCUGCAGGAUAAGUGAACUGACAGAAAGAAUUUGCGAUAAGCAGCAGUUGCUUUCUGAAAUAGAAAACUAUAUGCGAUCAUUGCUCAAGAACCAAGUCAACGAUGCAAAAAAAUUCACUGAGCUCAAAAUUUCGUGGAACUGCUUCUUGGUUUUGGACGCGAAAGAGAAAUAUGGCGAAGCCCUUCUCACGGGAAAUUUUUCAGAGGUUUUGAAAAAAUCUUUUUCGAAAUCAUUGGAAGUUUCGAUUGAAGAUGUCUGCUAUAUAACAGAAAAUGGGCUAGUGAACAAAGAGUUUCGAAAUUCACUUCUGCAGGACGUGGAGUUCGUUGAACUGCUUGCGAAGCUAUUUCACGGCUGUUUUUUAGCAAGAGAAACUGAAAUUUUGAAACACCUUGUGGUGGUGAUUCGAAACAUGUUCUUCGACAUGGAUAUUGAGAACCCUGGCUGGAUAGUUUACGAGGAAGCUCAUCUGAUAAUCAAACGUAGUAACGUGCCUUCAGACUUGAGGAAAAUCAUUUGUGGAUCAGAUAACAAAGGCGUCAAGUUCUUCGCUAUAGAGCUGGCCUCCUAUAAUUUCGUUGACUUAGAUUUGGACGAAAACAAGGAGAUCCUGAAAGAAAUAAGCUCCGAUUUAAUUCAGUGGCUGCUUAAAGCGAUUGACGCUCCGGGACCGGGAAAAUCAAUUACUAUUCCAGGAACAGAAUACCACACAAGCGCGUAUAACUUGGUUUCGCUUUUGGCUAGGGUUAGUUACAACGAUGACAUCAAACUUGAUUGCGUUAGACGUGGGCUUAUUGAAAAGUUAUUUCUGUUUAUUCAAUCGCCUAUGGAACCUAAAAUCUUGAGUGAAGUUUUGUCUAUUUUUGACCAAAUUUGCUUCGUUCAAAAGGAAGCAGAAAUUUCUGAGAUUCAUCUAAACAGUCUGAAGAAGUUAGCGGGAUAUUUAUCAGGUCAAAGUUCAGAAGUUGAUCCGAAAUUUGCUUGGAUGAAAACCAUGAGAAACGGUUUUGUUGAAAAAGCAGCGAAGAGUCUAAAGCUAGGCUUGAGUAUCACCGAGCCUCAAGUUCCUAUAGAGGCUAAGAAUGUCAAUGCGUGCUCGGGCUCACAGAAUGAAACGGAAGAAUUUGUAAUGUUAAGUUAUAAUUGGGAAUCGACGGAAGUUGUCGAUGAGUUAGCGAAUGCUAUUCGGAACUCGGGGGUUCCAAUUUGGAGAGACAUUGAAAAAAUGGUGAAUUAUGGAGAUAUUAAUGAUGGAAUGGCGGACGCGGUGGAAAAUUGCGGACUGUUAGUAGCUGUAAUUUCAGAGAAAUAUAAGUUGAGUAAAAAUUGCAGAAGAGAACUAGAAUACGCGGAUAACAGGAACAAACAGUUUAUUUUUGUUAAGACAGAUCCGAAAUAUGAGCCAGCGGCAUGGCUGGGUUUAAUGAUGGGCAAAAAGAUCUACUAUAUCGUAGAUAAAAAUGAUGCGAAAACUUAUGAAGCUUUGAUUAAAGCAAUUCAGAAAAGUUUGAAUGUUCGAAACACGGAAACUGAUCGAGAGACUUCGCCUCCCAAGCCUGUAAAGUCUUCGACCACUAAAUUAUUCACGCAUGUUGAAUACAAGGAAUGGGUGCAGAACAAUCCAGCAGUGAAGUUUCUGAAAAAAGAUCAGAAGAAAAAGUUGUUUAACGAAUUUGUCAUUGCAGGAAUUGUCGAUCUGAUCAAAUCAGAGUCGCUAAGAUAUGUGAUUGAGAAACUACAAAAGGAUUUCGAUCUGAACGCUUCGGAAGCAAUGACUCUAGUCAAAGUAUUAGAAACCAGUUAUCCCUCUGCAUAAAUCAAAAUAAAAGUUUGCAUCAAAAGCUUUGGUUUGCGACCUUAAAAAAGAAUUAUAUUUUUGGGCCUCUAAAUUAAAAAAUCGGCCACUAGCUUUUUUGAGCCUAAAGCGCAGCAGAGAAAGCCUUCGCUAAUUGACAAUAUCGCGUGUGAAAUAAGUAUAUCGUCAGAAACGUAUAUACUUUUAGUGGCAGAAAAUUUCAGCCAAAAAAAAACGAGUAUAUCAGCAGAAAAAAAGAGCCUCUAAAAAAUGUAAAGCAAAGCUUCAAGUUAUUCGUGAAACUGGAUUAUUGAACACGACUGAUUUAACUUCUCAGUUGUGUUCAAUUCCAUGUAAAAUAAAAACUUUGUACAAAUUAUACCGGAACCUGAACACAUAACUGAGUCACUUGAACUUGAUUUUCGGAGAAUUGUGUUGAAGUACAGGCUUUUGAUCUCAUUUGAUGCUAAAAUUCUAUCGAAUCAAUUUCUCUUCAACUUAUAUGAAUUAAUUUGUUUAAAAAAUUUGUAAUUUUUUGUAAAUCUUACUAAAUUGAACAGCAUUAAUUUGUACUUAAUAGAUAUUAACUUCCUUGCUUUCACCAUUUGAUGUGGCCUUCGAAGUAAUCAGAAUUUAUUGAUUCUCAAUUUAAUUAUUAUAUUUUA